AUGGUGCUCCUGGUACUACUGGUGCUGUUCCUGGUUCUACUGGUGGUGGUGCUCCUGGUACUACUGGUGCUGUUCCUGGUUCUACUGGUGGUGGUGCUCCUGGUACUACUGGUGCUGUUCCUGGUUCUACUGGUGGUGGUGCUCCUGGUACUACUGGUGCUGUUCCUGGUUCUACUGGUGGUGGUGCUCCUGGUACUACUGGUGCUGUUCCUGGUUCUACUGGUGGUGGUGCUCCUGGUACUACUGGUGCUGUUCCUGGUUCUACUGGUGGUGGUGCUCCUGGUACUACUGGUGCUGUUCCUGGUUCUACUGGUGGUGGUGCUCCUGGUACUACUGGUGCUGUUCCUGGUUCUACUGGUGGUGGUGCUCCUGGUACUACUGGUGCUGUUCCUGGUUCUACUGGUGGUGGUGCUCCUGGUACUACUGGUGCUGUUCCUGGUUCUACUGGUGGUGGUGCUCCUGGUACUACUGGUGCUGUUCCUGGUUCUACUGGUGGUGGUGCUCCUGGUACUACUGGUGCUGUUCCUGGUUCUACUGGUGGUGGUGCUCCUGGUACUACUGGUGCUGUUCCUGGUUCUACUGGUGGUGGUGCUCCUGGUACUACUGGUGCUGUUCCUGGUUCUACUGGUGGUGGUGCUCCUGGUACUACUGGUGCUGUUCCUGGUUCUACUGGUGGUGGUGCUCCUGGUACUACUGGUGCUGUUCCUGGUUCUACUGGUGGUGGUGCUCCUGGUACUACUGGUGCUGUUCCUGGUUCUACUGGUGGUGGUGCUCCUGGUACUACUGGUGCUGUUCCUGGUUCUACUGGUGGUGGUGCUCCUGGUACUACUGGUGGUGGUGCUGUUGAUUUGGCUCCUGUUUGUGUUCCUGGUGAUGCUGUUGCUUGGAUUGUACAGGGUCCAUGAACAUUCCGGUGAUGAUGACGACGAUGAUAAAGAUUAA